GGCACUCUAACCUCAUCCAGACUCCACGAUUCCAAUGCUUCUUCCCUUCUCCGACCCUCACAAACCCUACCCCGGUCUGCUCCGGCCUCGCCGGUGAUAUGGCGGCGGGAUUGGCCGCGACAGCGGCCUUCGCCUCCUUUCCCGUCCUCUUCUUCGACGGUGAUCGGGAGAUCGACAUGGGAUCCAUCUCGGUGACCCCGUCGCUGGGGUUCGGAAAGUUCCAGGCGGUCAUCAGCCAGAGGAUCGGGGUCGCUCCCCACCAGAUCUCGAUGUCGCUCGUACGCCGUAGGAAGGCCGGGGCCUCGUCCGAGGUCCGCCGCAAGGUGCCGAUCGACGAGACCUCCGACCUCGGCGCCAUCGCUCGCGAGAGGGACUGCUUCGUCCUCGCCGUCCUCCGCCGGCCCCGCCGGGAGAGGCGGGGCCGCUCGAGGAGGAGGAACCGCGCCGGGGAUGAUGGGAUGGAGGAGAGGAAGGAUGUGCCGGAGAUGACGAUCCUGAGGCGGAACCCGGCGGGAUCGGGUGGCCUCGACCCGGCGCUCGGCGGAUUGGCUCCGGAGGCGAUGGCCGGGAUGGGGCUGUGGGAUUACGGGACCCAGCUGCGGGACCUGCAGCUGCAGCGUGAGAAGUGCCUCCUGUCAACCACGAUGGCGGCCGCCUCGUACGGACCGUUCGCGGUGGCGGAGGACGGGUACGCGUGGGUGUCGCGGACGAGCGCCGAAGUGGCGCCUCCUCGUCCGGCGGCGUGCGAGGAGUGCGAGGAGGCGCGGGCGGAGGGCCGUCUCCCGAGUUUCCACUGGUGCGUCCACGACGCGGUUACCUUCCGCUUCCGCUCGCCGGUGGGGCCUAUUCAGCGGCCGUCUAAGAAGCGGGUCGAAGCUUCCGCUUAGCUGGACCGGAUAAUUCCGCACCCCCUUUUCUCAUUAUUGAUUACUUUACGAGAGAGAUGGUUUUGAGUUGGUUGUGAGUAGGUUCGCGUAGACAGGGAGGUGCAAGAUAUAAAACCUCCGGGGUUCGUAUCGAAGUGGAUACGUGGCAGUGGCGUGUCAUACUUGGGUACAAGAGACAGGAGGUGGGCUCCAACGGGGUUGGCAGGAGCCGAGCGGUGUUUGGCCGUGGUGGAUUGGCGAGUGACUGUACUUUGGUUGUAAUAUCUUUUAGGAGGUUUUGUUUCUUUCUAUUUGGUUGGAGUGGUCUUUGGCAGGAAGACCAAAGACAUGGAAGUAAUAAAGCGCCAGCAACCUGAGGUGA